AAUUAUUAAUAGAUGGUGACCCUCAUCUUCAUGUUUUCUGCAUCUAUUGAAGUGCACCACUGAGAUCGUGGAGUUCUUCCCUGUUUGUCCAUAUGGUGAACAACACUGAUUUUCUGAUGUUGAACAAUCCCUGGAAUAAACUCUGCUUGGUUUCCAUGGAUUUCUGUUUCCCUUUAGAUUUUGUUAGUAAUUUAUUUUGGAUUUUUGCAUCCAAGUUCAUAAUUGUAACUGGACAAAUAAAGGCAGAUUUUAAAAGGACAAGUUGGGAGGCUAAGGCGGAAGGAUCACUUGAGCCUGGGAGAUUGAAGCUGCAGCUAGCCUCGAUUGCUCCACUGUACUCCAGCCUGGUGACAGCAGGACCUGCCUCUAAAAUAAUAAUACUUAAAAGGACGAGUUUACCUACAGUCUCACCAAGCAAUGAAAGAGCUUAUCUUCUUCCUGUUUCCUUUACGGAUCUUGCUCAUGUAUUUUAUCUUAGUUACUUUAGCAUAAAUGCUAAAUCAAAUUCUUUUUCAUUAGACAUCAUCAUAGCUCUAGGCAUACCACAUAAUACCCAAGCACAUUUUAAUCAUUAAAAUUGUUUCCUUUUUUUGUGGCUACUGUAACCACUUCAGCGAACCAUUUAGUGUGUAGUGGGUUUAAAUUAUUUUUUCUCCUUCCUGGGAUAAA